AUGUUUGCUACUACAAAAUCAGUAACGGAGGCGGCUCCUAUAGGUGAUAAGCCGAGAGGCCUGCAGACUCUGGCGCGGUUUCAGGACACGGACGCUAGGAGCGGCAGCGUCGGUGGCGGCGGCGCGCCGCUGACUGGCGCCAGCGUGCUGGUGCUGCGCUUCGCGGGCCUGUGGUCCCCGCGCGGCCGCGCCGGCCGCCGGCUGUUCGCGCUGUACACGGCGCUGGUGCUGGCGUGCAGCGCGGCCGGCGUGGGCACCUGCGCGCUCAGCCUGCGCUCCUACUGGGGCGACGCGCAGCAGGUGUCGCCCAGCCUCGGCAACGCCAUCCUGCUGCUGGCCGGCAUCGCCAAGGCCGCCGUCUUCCUCUCCAGGCAGCGCGAGUUCCGCCGCCUGCUGCGCAUGCUGGAGCAGCUCGUCUCCAGCCAGGCCGAGUUCGCCAGACAGAUGGGCGAGGCGUACGAGCGGCACCGCCGCCUGGCCCCGCGCCUGACGCUGCUGCUGGUGGGCUACGUGACGACCAUCUUCUUCCUGUGGGCGGCCCUCCCGCUCAUCCUACGAGGCGCUUCCGCCCAGCGGCUACUGCCCUUCAGCCAGAUCCGCGGGAUCGACGCCGGCCCUCUGCCGCUCUACGAGCUCGCCUACGGCGUCGAGUUCGCGUCCACCUUCUACUGGAUCUACAUCAGCGUCGGCCUCGACUGCUUCUUCGCCAGCAUCAUGACGCACGUCACGGCCCAGUUCCGACUGCUCAACUGGCGUCUGUCUAGGCUGGGGCGGGACCACCAGAGCGACGGCCGUCCCGAAAUCACCGACGGGCCCGUAGCCUCGUGCGAAGCGCGCCAGCCGCAAAAGACGGCCGCUACAGACCGUGUCGGGUACACGACACUGGUAAACUGUAUCCGCACUCAUCAACAGAUUUUAAAUUUCGUGCGCCAUCUCCAGGAGGCAAUGAGUGCAGUUGUGCUGAUACAGUUCGCAUCGAGUGUGACCGUGGCUUGUAUGACUUUAUGCAUAUCUACUUUCAAUCCGGACACAGGCAGCGCAAUGAAGGCUGCUGUCUACUUGCCAAUACCCGCCAUUCAGGUCUACCUCUACUGCUGGUUCGCCCACGACAUCAUGGAACAGAGCGAGGCGGUGUCGCUGUCGGUGUACUGCGGCGGCUGGGAGUCUGCGAGCCGGCGCUUGCGCGGCGCGCUGCUGCUGAUGAUGCGGCGCGCGGCCGCGCCCUGCAGGCUCAGCGCCGCCGGCCUGUGCACCAUCAGCCGCGGCACCUUCCUCUCGCGGCAGGUGGUCGUGUUUGCCAUCUUUGGCAGCCUCAUCUCGGACGAUAGCAGUGACAACAGCGACUUGUGCUGCCUCUUCGUCGUCCUGUUCUUCCGGCUGCUGUACCACCUCCUCCAUUUCCUCGACAACCUCUCCAGCAACCUGUCGCCCAGAGAGGCGGUCUUCUGA